AAGGAUGCAAGCUGCCGUUAAAACCCGAAGAAGAAGAAGAAGAAGACCAUUCGGCUCGCAGUAGCGGUCAGAUUGUAGCAUGUUGUUAAAGUUCAGUCGUUCACAGCGGUGGAAAUAAUAUUCAUUAUUAUUCAUCUGCGCGAAGGCUUUUUUAGAGAGAUCUCAUCAUGGGAAACACCAGCGAUCGAGUGUCUGGAGAUAGACAUGGAGCCAAGACGCAGCGCUCAGACAGCGGAGGCCACAAAGACCUGGAGCCCGGAAAAAUGAUGGACAGCACGGACGACCCCAAUAUUUUCAACACACAUGGACCAGAAUCUAAAGCCGCGGGUGAGAAGGACUUUGCUCCAGAUCUAGAGGACAUGGUGAAGACGGGUCCGCAGGCUCGACCCACAGUGAUCCGCUGGGCCGGAGGAGGGAAGGAGGUCUGCAUCACCGGCUCCUUCAACAACUGGAGCAGCAAGAUCCCCAUGAAUAAAAGCCAUAAUGAUUUUGUAGCAAUCUUGGACCUGCCUGAGGGUGAACAUCAGUACAAAUUCUUUGUUGAUGGCCAGUGGCUUCAUGACCCCUCUGAGCCGGUUGUCACCAGUCAGAUGGGCACCAUUAAUAAUCUGAUCCAUGUGAAGAAAUCAGAUUUUGAGGUGUUUGAUGCACUGCAGGUGGACUCUCUCGAGUGCUCUGAUACGUCAGUCUUGUGUGUAGAUCUGUCCAGCUCUCCUCCUGGGCCGUACGGACAGGAAGUGUACAUGUUCAAACCUGAGGAACGCUUCAAAGCGCCGCCCAUCCUGCCGCCUCACCUCCUUCAAGUCAUACUCAACAAAGACACCAACAUUUCAUGUGAUCCUGCCCUGCUGCCAGAACCCAACCAUGUGAUGCUCAAUCAUCUGUACGCGCUUUCUAUCAAGGAUGGUGUGAUGGUUCUCAGCGCAACUCAUCGUUAUAAGAAGAAAUAUGUGACGUCUCUUCUGUACAAGCCGAUUUAAUAAGCUGUGGAUGACGCAUGAUCUGCUGUCCUCAUCCUCUAUAGUCCAGAUUGCACUAUGAACCGGCGAUACAUACAGUAGAUCGGUCUGCUUGAGAUCUCAACAGUAGUGUGUGUGUGUGUCCUGUCAUCACACAUUCAAUACAAGGACAUCUAAACUUCCUGUUUUUCGUCUUAGCUGCAGCAUUUUGCGAUUACAAUCUUUAGGGCCAGAGUUUUAUCUGUCCAAAGCAUUUAUAAAAUGUUGUCAAACAGGAUUCAUAUAUUUGAAACCUGCUAUAGACAGGAGGAGUUCACAAAUAAAAGUGAGUUCAAGUUUUGAGUUUAACACAGAUUAACAUUUAAACAAUGAUUCAUUGUAUGCUUUUGUAGUGUCAAACUUCAUUUUAGAAACUGAGGGAAAGACAUGGAUGUUUAUGUGUCUGUUUUCAGCAUGAAAGAAGUUUGAGCCAAACACAGUGGCAUUUAGUAUUUACCUUCCUAACAGAAAUAUUCUCUUCAAUACUUUCACGUGGGCACUGAUAUGUUUUAAGCAGAGUUGCAUUAUGACUUCAUCAAAAGGAAAUUUUAAGCGAUUUACAAAAGCAUCAGAAUGGCGCAAAUAGAUUUUGAACUGUGUGAGUUUUCUGGAGUUUUACUGCAUGUGGUUUGAAUUUCACCGUGAUGCUGUCAGAUGAGCACUUUAGCUGUUUAACUGUGACAGACAAACAUGUUCUCUUUAUUUUAUCAAGCAGGAAUUUAUUUUUGUGUCUGUCAAAAAUGUUACUUAUGCUAAAAACUGUAUUGGCCAAACGUAUGUGGACACCUGAGCUUAACUGGCUUGUUCCAGUGGCGUCCAGGUCGGAUUUUUCAGGCCAGUCUAGUUCUACAUCAGCAGUGUCUGGACAGACAAAAUGGACAAACUUGGAAUACUCUCGAAUGUUAUUGCAUGUGUAACCUAAAGAUUUAUUUUGACUAAAAUUCCUGGAAUAGACAGACCUGUUAAUUAGGAUUGGGGCAUCCACAUAUGUUUGGCCAUAAUAUGUAUGAUGUUUGUAUUAAAUAUUUGUUGUGUGAAAUGUUUGGUUUCGUUGGUUUUACCAUCUCUGGUCAUCAAUAUUAAAUGCUAAAACAGAAAUGUGAUUUGUGAUCACAUCAGGAUUUUUGUUUUUUAAUGACGAUGAUGGUAUAAAUUAUAUUCAUGAGGUUUUAAUUUGUUUGCUGUGAGCUGAAUAUUUAUUGGCAUUGAAGAUUUAGUCACUCCAAAGAUAAAGGUAAUUUUAAUAUGAUGCAAGUGCGAUUUUCCAAAGGAAAGAUUCUCCAGAAUAAGAGUUUCAUGGGCUAGCGGUGACACCACAGCAUAGCUUUAAAUGCUUUUACAGGUUAUCAUUUUGAGGGAAAGUCCACUAACUUGAUUUUAUUUUAUUUUUUAUCAUAUGUACUGAUAAAUUAUUUGUUAAGCUAUGCAUUAUAAAUGAUGGAUGUUUUGCUUCAAAAAUAAAGCGAUCCAUUGUAGAUUA